AUGCCAAGUGCUGCUCCAUCUUCGCUUGCGAUCGUCACUGCAAUAGUCGCUGCCACUGCUUCGUCGAUCCAACUGGGUCCAAGUACCUGCUCCGCUCACCUGCGUCAUGACUGUCCGACGACACUCGACCCAGCAGAGUUGCAACUGAACGACGUGUACACAAAGUUGCUGGCCCACGUGAACGAAGAGCGAGCGGCCCAUGGCCUCGCAGCCCUUUGUGCCAGCACAAAGCUCCAGCAAGCGGCCCAACGUCAGUCCGAAGAUAUGGCCGCCAACGACUUCCUGCACCACGUCGGAUCGGACGGAUCGACUGUGCCCAGUCGCAUCGCAGACGCCGAGUACAAGUGGACCACAAUCGCCGAGAACGUUGCAGCGGGGCACGUGGACGCCGAAGCUGUCAUGGGCACGCUCAUGGACUCGACGGGGCAUCGCAUGAACAUCCUCGGGGACUACACGCACUUUGGCGCGGGCUACACGUACAACCCGGAUGGACUACACGGCCACUACUGGGCGCAAGAGUUUGCAACGAGCGACAGUGAGCGUUGCGACGAGACUCGACUCUUUGCUCAAGCAGAUAGCUUCUUCUCUAGCUACUUCUGA